CCUUUUAUGAUUGCACCUCGUUUUGGGAUUUUGGGGAUGGUUCAAACUAUAUAUAUAUACGGUCUAAAGCAUAUCACAAAAGCACAUGCUAUUCUUAGAUCCAAAAGGAUGUCACACAAAGCCUUGAGUUCAACCCUUAUCUUUCUCUUCUUCUCUUCCUUGGUGCUCUCUUCUCCGCCAGAGGAUCCAAUAAAGUGCUCCUCAAACAACACAACAUGCACCAUCACAAACUCCUAUGGCGCCUUCCCCGACCGAAGCAUCUGCAACGCAUCUCAGGUGUUGUACCCGACAACGGAGCAAGAGCUCGUGUCAGUGGUUGCAUCAGCAACAAGAAACAAAACAAAGAUGAAAGUGGCCACGCGUUUCUCCCACAGCAUCCCCAAGUUGGUGUGUCCUGAAGGCCAAAACGGGUUGCUUAUAAGCACCAAGUACCUGAACCAAGUGCUGAGCAUUGAUGUGGAAGCAAGGACAAUGAGAGUGGAGAGUGGUGUCACAUUGAAGCAACUCAUUGGUGAGGCUGCUAGGGUAGGGUUGGCCUUGCCAUAUGCACCAUAUUGGUGGGGUUUGACCAUUGGGGGGCUCAUGGGAACCGGUGCUCAUGGAAGCACUUUGUGGGGGAAGGGUAGUUCUGUCCAUGAUUAUGUGGUGGAGAUUAGGAUUGUUAGGCCUUCAGGUCCUCAAGAUGGAUAUGCCAAGGUUGAGACACUCAAUGAACAAAAUGAAGAUCUCAAUGCAGCUAAAGUGUCACUUGGUGUGCUAGGAGUUAUUUCACAGAUUACUCUGAAACUAGAACCUCUCUUCAAGCGAUCCAUCACGUACGUGGCAAAAGAUGAUUCAGAUUUGGGAGACGAAGUGGGUGGUUUUGGACAUGCACACGAGUUUGCGGAUAUAACGUGGUACCCAAGUCAACGAAAAGCUGUAUAUCGCGUUGACGAUCGUGUCCCAAUUAACACAUCGGGCAAUGGUCUCUAUGACUUUCUCCCAUUUCGUCCCACUCCUUCAGUUGCAUUAGCUCUCAUAAGAACCACAGAGGAUGUUCAAGAGUCCACUAAUGAUGCCAAUGGAAAGUGCAUCAGUUCAAAGACCACAACGAAUACCCUCCUCAACGCAGCUUAUGGAAUUACCAACAAUGGAAUAAUCUUCACAGGAUACCCUGUAAUUGGAUUUCAGAAUCGCCUUCAGGCAUCUGGGUCAUGUUUGGAUAGUCUUCAAGAUGGAAGGCUUUCAGCAUGUGCCUGGGAUUCAAGGGUGAAGGGAGAGUUUUUCCACCAAACCACAUUCAGCAUUAGGUUGUCCCUUGUGAAGAAUUUCAUUGAAGAUGUGCAAAAGCUAGUUCAAUUGGAGCCUAAGGGAUUGUGUGGCUUAGAGCUUUACAAUGGAAUCCUCAUGCGUUAUGUCAAGGCUUCAAGUGCAUACUUGGGGAAGCAAGAGGAUGCUCUAGACUUUGACAUCACCUAUUACCGUAGCAAGGACCCUAUGACCCCUAGGCUUUAUGAGGACAUUAUUGAAGAGAUUGAACAACUUGGGAUUUUCAAAUAUGGAGGGCUACCUCAUUGGGGUAAGAAUAGGAACUUGGCGUUUGAAGGAGUCAUCAAGAAGUACUUAAAUGCACAGAAAUUUUUUAGGGUUAAAGAGAGAUAUGAUUCACAAGGACUUUUCUCAAGUACUUGGACAGACCAAGUGCUUGGGCUAAAGGAUGGUCUCACAAUAGUGAAGGAUGGAUGUGCCUUAGAAGGUUUGUGCAUUUGCUCACAGGAUAGUCAUUGCAAUCCUAGCAAAGGUUACUAUUGUAGACCAGGCAAAAUUUACAAGGAAGCAAGGGUUUGUACUCAUUUGAAAUCCAAAUGAGACCAUACUUUAUCGAAAGGCCAUUCAUACUGUGUGAUAACUUACAUGUUUAUAGAUAUGUAGGAUUUACAUCUUACAAGUAAUUAAAAUAAAAAUUGUGUA